AAGAAGUGUUAUUGGGAAAGAAUUCUAUCACUUAAAAAAAUAUGACUAAGGAGAAGUUUUGAACUCAAAUGGCGCAGGAUAGCUUGCUCGGGAGCCCAGAUGCAACCGCCAUGUCGCCGUUACGACUGACCGAUAUCUGGACUCCCGAAGCCGGUAUGCCUCCAAUGCGACUAUCUGACAUCAUGACGCCUGGAGCCGAAGCACAAGCAACUACUGAUGACGGGACACCGGUAGACAGUGGCCACGAGGUAUCACCUCCGUCCACGGCAAUCGCCGGCUUGGUCGGUCCGAUUCCAGACUCAGCACCGGGAGAAGACUCCGAGACGACCCGUCAGUUGAAGCAAGAGGUCCGUGAGCUCAACGAAGAGAAUCGCCUACUGAGGCAGAAGCUGAACCUGUUGCAGACGAAUUCUAAGCUGAAGCAGGUAGCGCUUAUUGGCACUGUCAUCUCGUGGUUUGGGGACAAGGGUUUGCUGGGCGAUGACAUGGAUGCUGUGUAUGAGCUAACGUCUAUGAUGAUGUCGGCUCGGGCAACUGAUGAGCGAGCAAUUCCGGCAUUCGCAGACCAAAGCAAUGCUGCUACAGAUGACGUACCUCGGAGACUACAAACCAACAACGAUAUGGAAUUUGCUGUGAAGUUUAAUAAAGAUGAGUCUUCUAGGUUUCUAACUCCAGCCUCCAAUGUACGACGCACUGACAAUGACGAUACCUCAGACAGGCACAUUCAGGGUUUGGAUGGUUCCUUCAAUCCGCCAUUUUCGUCAUCAAAGAAAGAAAUGAAAUAUCCGAUAACGCUUAAGUCCAAUUAUGAGCAUUCAAAAUUUCAAACACCUGACUCCAAUCCAGGACAGAGUAUAAAUGACGAUACCUCUAAAUGGCCCAGCCCAAAUUUAGAUGGUUCCUUUCAUCCACCUUUUUCGUCAACGAAGAAAGCCAUGAGACAUCAAGUGACGCCAAAAUCCGGAGACGAGGAUUCCAAGUUUCAAAGUCCUGAAUCAAAUGCACGACUACGUGAAAAUGAAGAUACAUACCAAUGGCCCAGUCAGAGUUCAAAUGGUUCCUUCAAUCCACCUUUUUCGUCAUCAAAGAAGGAUAUGGAACACCCAGUGGCACUGCAAGGAGAUGUGACAUUGUUAACGGAAGGUCCCAGGCAACUAAUAGACAACCGAAGCGUCCCUACCACUCCAGUUGGCUCCAACUUGCAACGAGCAGAAGUGAACACAGAUUCCUUUGACGAGAGUACGGGGCGCCUAGACACUCGAAUUCAGCGGAUGGAGAAGGCAGUGAAGGCUCUCAGCGGCCAACACGCCGAGAUGCGGAGCCGCAUGACCAGGACGCGUCAGAACGCCGCCAAGCGGUUCAGGAUCUGGAAAGCCAUCGCCGCAUCUCGUAGACUUGCAGCUCUGAAUUCCUUACAGGAUGAAGAUGAGGCAGUUGAUGACCUGAUGAUAAUGAGGGAGCAAUCGGUCACACCAACGCCACUGACGCAGUAUCCCUUCCAUUCAGCUGAAGAGACUGGUAUUGCAAGAGUGGUGGAUGGUUCUACGAACAAGACGAUUCUGGGCGAGAUUGCCUUCCAAACCGAACGGCGCAUCCUCGCGUUCGUCUUUCAACGGAGAGAGAUUUUAUACGGCUACAAUUUAGGAAACCUGGAGAUCAUGAUCCGCACGCACCCAGACCAAGACUGUCGGUCCGUGCUCCUUCGGCGAUACGAGCUGUUGAUGGACGUGCUCCGAGGCUACGGGUGGCUGAGGGGACGACAUGCGCAGUUCGUUGCCGACACGAUUGCCCGUCACGGCAUUUUCCAAGAUGUGGAGUCGGCUCAGGCUGAAGCUUUGAAGAGAGGUUGGAGCAACCCGAGCGAGUUGAAGCGAGGCGUAUUGUGCCUGUGUCCGGUCGUGGAAGUCCUGGACAUGUUGGUGAUUCUGGACUGCCUGCUCCACAUGGCGCGCAACGACGGGCUACCGGUCUUCUUAUUUUAG